AGUUAAAGAGAUAAUUUUAGUGCGUGGGUGUGUGUGUGUGUGCACGUACGUGCAUGCGUACGUGCGCGCGUGUAUAUAUAUAUAUAUAUACAUAUUUUAUGUGUUCGUGCUUACGAAGGGAUCUCUUAACACAAGUUGGAUUUCACUUUAAUAUUGGAUUAUAUUUUAAUGAUCACUGCGACCAUGUGAUCGUGAAAAAGAGAACGAGUUCGAAGGUGGAGAUGUAGAGAGUGUCCUUAAGGAUUGUGCGAAAAAAAAAGUGAAGAUAAAAGAAGAGAAGUAGGAAAAAGAAAAAAAAAAAAAGAAAAUUAAAAGAUAAAGAAUAGGUGAAUGUGGUGAAAGAUCGAAGCAAUGAGUACGAGAUCUACGUGUGUUCUCGGAUCGAAGGUGAAAGUUCGAUUCGAUUUUUGUAAACGUGUAGUACAUUCGAUGGAAUAAAAAAAAAGAAUAUAUAUAUAUAUAUAUUCAAUGAAAAGAUUACGUGUGAAAGAAGAUAGUGAAUAAAAAAACAAACAAAAAAAAAGGCAAAGGAGAAAGGAAGGAAGAAAGAAAAAAAGUAGGAGAAGAAGAAGUAAUAGUGUAUACGCGAUUAUUUCUUUCAAACUUUGAUUUUUUUAUUUCUCUCUCAAAGAGGAUCUCUUCGAUAUGGAUAAGCGUGCCUUCAGGAUAACGCGGAGCACACGGAUAGCGGUGCUGCACAUUUUACUUCUGUGCAGUGCUCUAACGCAGGGCCGAGUCGAGGAAACGCAGAUGGACACGCACGAGGGUUCAACGGUACAAUUGCAAUGUCGAUUCGAACCGCCAAAGGAAAACGUAACGUGUUUUUGGUUGACCCAUACGAACAACAAUCAUGACAACGCGGCGAUCGAGAAUCGUUCGUUAUCACCGAAUUAUAACGUCUUUAUGAAUCUCGAGGAAGGUCGUUACGACCUACAAAUAAGAAAUGUUUCGUACGAAAGGGACAAUGGGAAAUACGAGUGUCGAGUUAAAGUGAGUAGUACGGGUAUGGAUAUCCAUAGGAAGUAUAUCACUUUGACGGUAUUAAGAGCACCAGGGCCACCAACGAUAUCUCCAACCUCGGCGCCCGCUACCGAAGGACAAAGAUUGGAACUUCAGUGUAAUACGAACGGUGGUAGUCCUGAACCCGAGGUAAGAUGGUACCGGGGUAACAACACGACUCUUCUUCAUUCCGGUAGAACGUUAUUGGUCGAACCAACGAAGGAAGACGAUCGUGCUAUAUUUCGAUGCGUAGUAAGAAAUCGUGCUAUGAGAGAAGGGGAGACAUUGAACGCCACAGUUACGCUCGAUGUUAAUUAUUUCCCUCGCGUUACGGUAGGCCCAGGAAAUCCAUUGAAAGUCGAGGUGAACGGUACCGCAACAUUGGAGUGCCAUGUGGAUUCGAAACCAGUCGUUGGCAUGGUACGUUGGUGGCGCGACGGUAGUUUCAUUGCAACAACCUUUCAACAUGUUAUACAAAAGGUAACGUUGCAAGAUGCUGGCAAGUACACUUGCCAAGCCGACAACGGUCUAGGAAAGAAAGGCGAGAGUUCUUUGCUACUCGAUGUACUUUAUCCACCGACCGUGUCUAUCGAAGGUGAGAGCGUUAGAAUCGCUCAGGUUGAGGACACCGUGACGGUACACUGUAACGUAUCGGCCAAUCCAGCCCCGUCCAUAGUCGAGUGGCUCCGUGAAGGUCGCCCGGAGUUCAGACAAUCCGGUUCGAUAUUGAGAUUAACUCGAGUCACGGCCGAUCACGCUGGAAAUUACACUUGUCGUGCUGUUAAUACCAUUCAUCCGACCGGUGGCGAACGAAGGAAUCAUUCGGCCAAAGCACACGUCACCGUUCGAAUUAGGCACAAGCCUGGACCGGCCAGAGUAACUCCAGACUCGCCUGUAGCCGUCGAAGGUUCCAGAGUUAUUCUAACCUGUAUGGCUAGUCCCGCCGGUUAUCCCGAACCCCAAUACAAAUGGUGGAAGGAGGGUGACGGUGAAAAUAUUCCUGUUAGAACCGAAAAUUCUGGCCCUAAGUAUGAAAUUGAUUCUGUACAUUUGGGAAGCGAAGGUACAUACAAAUGUUACGCCAUGAACGAGAUUGGAAAUGGCGAAGCUGCCUCCGUUAAUCUCACAGUUCAUCAACCUCCGAAGAUACUCACGAAAUUACAACCUCACGUCACGAGAAAAGUCGGAGAAUCUUCCUUUCAAGUGUCGUGCGUGGCACAAGGGAAGCCAAGGCCUAGCGUGCGUUGGUUGAAGGACGACCAAGAGUUAACGGCCGACGAAAGAUUAUACAAAGUGAUAACGACCGCUUCGGAAGGUCAUGGUAACGUGAUAACCGUGAACUCAACAUUGAGUUUUUUGGGUCAUGCUCGUCCGCAAACCGAUGAGAUCAUAGCGAGUGACAGAGGAAAGUAUACGUGCGUUUUCGUUAACGAAGUUAAAAAGGUCGAGUCGACGAUGAUGUUGAAGGUCGAACACGAGCCAAUAAUUUUACAUCAGCACGGAAAGGUUGCAUACAAUUUACGUGAAACCGCCGAAGUUGCGUGUAAAGUUCAAGCUUGGCCGAAGCCAGAAUUUCAAUGGAGUUUUGGUAAUAACGCGGCGACGUUACAAGGAUCGUCUAGCGAUGGUCAUUACGAGAUAUCUACGAGCAGCGACAAUUACGACGUUUAUACCUCAGUUUUAAGAAUGACCAAUAUAAAACAAUCAGAUUACGGUGAUUAUACUUGUCGAGCGGCCAAUGCUCAAGGUAGCAUUACUUCGACGAUCAGAUUACAACCUAAAGGUGCACCUGAAAGACCGAUCAACAUAACGGCUAUGGAUAUUGGUCCAACUCAUGUCGCGUUACUUUGGGAAUUAGGUUUCGAUGGUGGUCUACCGAUAACGAAAUAUUUCGUUUCUUAUCGAAGAGUAGCUGGAGGUGACGAGGUGAUAACUCCUGAUUGUACACCACCUAGAGGACCAGCUGGACAGUGGCUCGAAAUGGAUUGCAGGAGAUCGAAUCCUUGCAACGUUACAAAUCUCGAACAACAUCAGACCUAUACCUUUAAAGUUAAGGUCUACAAUACGAAAAAUCAUUCGGAUUAUUCGGACGAAGUGGUUGCAACUACGGCGGUAGCGAAAAUACCCACGCCGCUUCGCGUCAGCUAUGAUCCCGAGACCGGAACCCUGGCUAUAAAUAUUGGCGCGACUUGUUUGGCUUUGAUUGCUUCGAUCGAGAAAUUCGACGGAACGGACAAUUCAUGGAGAAUCGUCGAGGAGUGGCCUUUAGAAGUAUUAGGAAAUGCACCUACGCAAAGAGAAAGCAUACUAGACGAUCCGGAAUCUUCGGAUUCAGAGCCACGUCUCAGAAUUAGGCUAUGUCUAAAGGCCGAUCGUCAAAAGUGUGGAGAAUAUGCUGAGGCUGAAAUCGGCCCAUCUUAUAUAGCGCAAGCUGGUGCUCUUGCAACGCCGACGUUGAUCGCUCUGGUAGUUAGCGGCGCAGUCUUCUUACUUUUCGCCGCUCUCUUACUUUUGUUCUGCCGAUGCAGACGAAAGCACGCUGCCAAGGCCAAGGAUUAUGAAAUGGAUACCAACGCAGUACGACCUAGCUUAGUAGCUGGAAAUGGUCAACAAACUCAAGCACCACCGCCUUAUUACGCCGAGAAUAAAGCCCUCGAACAUAGUUUGGAUCAUGCACUAGCUAUGGAGGAUUCAAAGAGUCCUGCUUAUGCUCAACCUGGAUACGGUUAUCAUCAGCCCAAUCAUAACAUCAACGGUGAGAACGGUGUCAAUAUGGGUUAUAUGGACAAUAGCUAUUCAAAUUCAAACAACGGCGGCUCGGUGAAUUCACAAGAUUCUAUCUGGCAGAUGAAGUCGGCGGCAGCAAACGGCGUCAACCAACCAUAUGAUUUGGGUGGAUACGCCACCACCGAGUCCGAUUAUCCGGCGCACCCACAUUACAGGGAGAGCCAUAAUCUUAGUCGGCAACAAUUUUGCCCGGAGCCAUUCGCUACGGUUGUCAAGUCUCAAAAACACGUUGAUUCACCGUACGAUGUUUCUGGAUUACCCUAUCAAGAAAAUUACGACGAGGACACGAAGCCACCGCAACAAGUGAGCCUGUCCUACGACGAGAGUUUAGAAUCCGGUUAUUCGACUCCCAACAGCCGUGGCCGUAGAAUUAUCAGAGAAAUAAUCGUCUGAGACCUGCCUACCGGCUCGCGAGCCGGAA